AUGCGUGAGGAGGCUAGGCGAUUGUUUUAUCCUUCUGCUAAUUGGCUGCAGAUUAAAGGUUGUUGGAUUUGGGAUAAUAUUCGGGAAAGAAAGGAGAAGGUUAGUUGGCAUCGGCUUGUAUGGUUUCCGGCUCAUGUUCCAAAAUUUUCCUUAAUUUCUUGGAUGUCGAUUCUUGACAGAUUGCCUACAAAUGACAAAUUGGCUCGGUUUGGUAUGGUGGCUGAUAAUGUGUGUGGGUUGUGUGAGAUUGGGAUGAAAUCUCGAAAUCAUCUUUUCUUGGAGUGUUCCUAUGCGAGGGAGGUUUGGGGUGCUAUAAUGCACUCUUGUGGGUUGCAGCAAUCGGAGCUGCACUGCUGGGAAGAUAAUCUUCGAUGGAUGGUCAUGAAUAUGAAGGGAAAGUCUCUCUUGGUGUAA